AUGCGUGUAAAUAUUAACAAGUACUGCAGAGACAAGGAUAGAUUAAUCACGUCCGAGGAAAACGAUGAAUAUUUGCUGGUAACCGCCAUAAACAACACGACGGUUAUACUAUCGUGUCGCUAUUGCAACGACCACGAAGAACCGCAGCCGAAAAUCUGGUACUAUCAAGAUCGGUAUCGAGAAAAACCGGAGAAGGAGGUCGAGCUGAGCAUGGAUAAUAAUGUUUCGCACAGCAGGAUCUACACAACGCCGGAUGUCUCUCUGGUCAUCAAGAGCUUCUCGGCCGUAGACGCUGGCAUUUAUCGGUGUCAUGGCAAGGAGGGACAAGAGAAAGAGAACAAAUAUAAUUACAGGAUCGAACGUAAGACAAAUAAUAAUGUAACGACAGAUUAUAAUAAGUCACUCUAUUGUGUAACAGCAGUCCUCAAAGAUAUUAGUGUUGAAUAUGCAGAAGAGGGAAACUUGACCGAAUGGGAGAAAUAUCGUGAAACAUAUUUGUGGCCUGUUACCACAAGAUUUGCUGUCUCGCGAAUGACAGACUUAGCGGAGAUCCGUGAGGAAGGAGUGACUCUUCAAAUAAUAUCUGAAUGGGGUCCUUGGAGCUCGUGUAAAGAAUGCGUGGACAAUCGCGGUGUUAAAACCAGCAGAGGCUACUGUAGAUUAAAGCGCGUUAUCAAUUCGACAGUAGUAGAGAGGAACGACUCGAUCGUCAUACGUUUCUUUCGAGGAUCUCCGAUGCUUCCCUGCAAAUCUGCCUUGCUACGAGACGAAUUUCCCAGUAUCAGCCGUGUCAUACGAUACUUGCCGGAAUUUAUCCUAAAAGAACCCUGCAAGAAAUGUCCAGCUGUGAAGAAAGUCAAGAAGAGCGAGAAAUUUCGUUACGCGAAACGAUACGUUCUCGCUGAGGGCGCGCAUCUCGCUAUUAUUUGUCCGGACUCAAGCAUAGAAUCGCAAAUCGUCUGGAGAAAGGAUUCGCUCGUUUUGAAGAGGGGAACGGGCCAAUCGUUUCGUAAGAAAGACGAAGAAGCACGAGUGAUCGUGGAUACUUUCUCAACGCUCUAUUUAAUAGAUGUAUCCAAAGAGGAGCAAGGCAACUACACCUGUUACGUGGAUAACAUUAAAAUGAUGCGCGCUAAGAUCAUCGUCGUGACCAAGACUCGGCUUUUGACACGAGGCAGCCACCGGAGAUGCGUGAGCUGCAGGUCGAGAGGAGAGCUGGGCUCGUGCAAGGACCCCUUCACCAUGAAUUCGACGCAGAUCGCGCUCGAGAAAGGCGUGGAGGCGCUGCCGUGUGUCUCUGGAUGGUGCGGGAAGAUCAUCGAGAGCCAGAAUCUGAACAACGAAUAUGGCACCGCCACGCAGAGAUUGUGUUUCCAACGAGGACCGGACGACAACGAGGAAAGAUGCGCCUACACCGUGUGGAAUUACAAGAAAGUGUACAUGUGUCUUUGUUACGGGGACCUCUGUAACGGGGCAACAAGGACGACGAGCGUUGUCGGCGGCUUGAUAACGACAGCCGUGUGCCUGAUGAUGCGGUGGCUCGUUUGAGGACUCGAGUGACGACGUUAUGCCGUCGUGAACGGACCAAAGUGAUCGAUCUGCAAUGCGCUCUCUUUAGGGCGAAAAUCCUCGCGAGAAUCGACGAACGAUUUCGACGGGUGCGAUAGUGGUGGGACAUCCUACGCACUAUUAUCAGUUCAGAUUCUACGAUACGUGUGAUAAACCUUUAGCCUCCCGGGUAGAACAGAAAAUAACGACGAAAUGAUGAAAAAAAAAUGAUCGAAAAAUGAGUUUUAUAGUCAUUCUCUCGUCAUUUUCUAUUCUACUUUUUGGGUUUUUGUUCUGAGCGAUAAGAGAAAUGUCAUGUAAAUUCUGACAAAAGGCAUUUCCUUCAACGAAAAUUGCGACGUCUGGUAGCGCCGGAAGCGCUUUCUGCUACAGAUUAUUAGACAAUUUAGCGCUUAGAGCUCAAGACUCGAUAUACAAAGACUUGUUACACCUAUUGUAGAUCCGGACUUGAGAAUCUGAAACGGUGAUCUUAGGAAUAUCGUUCGUGCAUCUCGCCACAAAAAUGUACAUUUUAUCUUUUGACAUGUUGCAUUAUUAUUAUUAUUAUUAUUAUUUUCUUUUUUGUUUCGAUAUAUUACAGAAUUGUGCGAAUUGUGAUAUGAAAUAUUACGUGUUGUAAAAUUAA